AUGCAAUUUAUAUAAAAAUAACAUAUUCCUAAGGCUCUUAGUCUGAUAUAGGCUGUAGAAUUUCUUGCUGAGUACUUAAGCAAGGCAUCAGAAAGUAUUCAAUUAUCAUUAAUCAAGAGCGAAUUUAUUAAUAUUUCUGUGCCUUAGAAUUAUUGAAAUUAAUUGUAAAACUAAGAAAAUGGUCAUUGGUGGAUAAGUAUGGAUUGAUGAUUUCAGUAAAUAACAACUAUUCUGAAACAGAUUACUAAGAGUAAGAGGCCGCCAUAUAAUUCCAGUAACAUAUGGGACCUCUAGAAUAUAAUCCUUAAGCAGUCAAUCAAAAAUCAAUCAAAGAAGAACUCAAUUCAAUUAAAGAACCAAAUCCUAAAUUCAAUCUAGGAUAUUAUGAUUUAAUUUAAGAUAAAUAAACUUCUCUAUUUACAAUGUUACCUAUUCCAAACCAUUCGAAUUAGAAAGAUUAUGAAUCAAAACUUAAUUAAAUAAGAGUAUUAUGUCAUUUCCAAUGAUUAGAUUAAAAUUGGAGAAAUCUUGUAUAUCUUUCGUCCAUUAAUUUAUUGCGUAUUGAUUCUUAAAUAUGGAGGACAUAGUUAUACUCCAUAUUAUAUUUCAUUCUUUAUUGAUAUAUUAAGGUUUUUAAUAGAAUUUCAAAUUAAAAUCUAUAAAAAGAGUCAGAAAGAGGAACUAAAAAUUAGAGCAAAGGAAGCUAUAGUAUAAUUUUAUUUAUAAUAUAGAUCUGUUAUAUUUUAAGAAAUCCAUUCUAUAGUUCAAUUGUGAAAUAAAUAAUCCUAAGUAAUACAUUAGGGAAGAUUUUAAACCCAUAAGGAUGGAUUUAUAGAUUUAUAAUUUUAUUGAUUGAAUUAAGAUCAUCAAAAUGUCUUUUAUUAUGA